AUGUUGGACAACUGUGGCAUGCUAGAGUUUCCGUAUAAAGGAAACUCAUUCUCAUGGGUUGGAAAAAGGCGUUUCUGUAAAGUUAAGUGUUGGUUUGAUAGAGCUCUGGGUAAUGAAGAAUGUCAAUCAAGAUUUCCCCACACCUCUGUGGAGUAUCUGAAAUUAUGGGGUUCAGACCACCGCCCGGUUCUAGCUAUGAUACGAGUGGAUAACCAACGAAGGAAAAACUCGUUUAGGUUUGAUAAAAGAUGGGUUGGAAAGCCAGGCUUCAAAGAUGCAGUCAUUUCUGGAUGGGGCCCUUUUGAUGGAAUCUCACGUCGAGAUUUCCACCAAAAAGUAGCAAACUGUCGUAAAAGCAUCUCCAUUUGGAAGAAAUCUCUUCCAACUAAUUCGGAGAAGAUGAUUGAGGAAUUAAAGAAUCAACUAGAUGUAGCGCAAGACGAUGAGAACACCACGACAGAAGAAAUAGAAGAGAUCAGGAGAAAACUCUGCACAACGCUUCGAGAAAUCUAUUGGCAACAAAAGAGUCGGGAGCGGUGGCACAAGGAGGGGGAUAAGAAUACCAAAUUUUUCCAUGCUCUAACCAAACAAAGGAGAAGUCGGAACCGCAUUAUCUCCUUAAAAGAUAAUGAUGGAAAUUUGGUAGAGAAUGCGAAAGGUAUUGAAUGGGUGGCGUCCAAAUACUUCCAAGACCUUUUCACUUCGUCACAGCCUACAGAUCCAGAAAAUGCACUCCAGUAUAUUACCGAGAAAGUCACAAAUACCUCUAAUCAGCUCCUGCUUAUGGAUCCUUCAGAAUCAGAGAUUAAGGAAGCCCUAUUCGAUAUCAACCCAGACAAAGCUCUCGGACCCGAUGGAAUGACGAGCAAAUUUUACCAAAAAUUCUGGCUUGACUUUCGCCAUGAUAUAGUUAAACUGGUCAAAGAUUUCUUCGCUUCGGGAUCCUUCGAUCCUAGACUUAAUCAAACUAACAUAUGUCUUAUCCCUAAAAAAGAAAAGCCCAGAGCGAUGACGGAAUUUCGUCCGAUUAGCCUGUGCAACGUAAGCUAUAAAAUUAUAUCUAAGCUUUUAUAUAAGAGACUAAAGAAGACUUUGCCGAAUUUAAUUUCAGAGACUCAAUCGGCCUUCAUGGCUAGACGUCUUAUUACAGACAACAUUCUGCUGGCACAAGAAAACUUUCACGCUCUCCGUACCAACUCCGUUUGUAGAGAAAACUUCAUGGCCAUCAAGACAGACAUGAGCAACGUGAUAACAUUAGCGGAAAUUCAGCAUGGAGCCGAGAUUUUCAGGAUUAUUGAUACAUAUGGAGGGGCCUCGAGACAACAACUUAAUUUGGGGAAAUCCUCCAUUAUGUUCGGGAAUAGAGUGGAUCCGCUUUUAAAGCAAGGCAUCAAGAAUGCUAUAGGGAUAUCAUCAGAGGGCGGCAUGGGGAUGUACCUCGGCCUCCCAGAGCAGAUCUGUGGAUCAAAGAAGAAAGUCUUCUCCUAUGUUCAUGACCGUCUGAGCAAUCGGGUCAAUAAUUGGUCUGCAAGACUUUUUUCCAAAGGUGGAAAAGAAAUUCAAAUCAAAUCCGUUGCACAAGCCGUCCCUACGUACGUCAUGUCAUGUUUUUUAUUGCUCCAAGGAGUGACGGAUAAAUUGCGGAGUGCCAUUGCCAAUUUCUGGUGGAGCUCAAAACAGAAUAGUAGCGGAAUACACUGGAUUGCUUGGGAUAAGAUCUGUGUCCCUCAGGAUAUGGGAGGCCUCGGAUUCCGAGACUUACAAGACUUUAACCUAGCCCUUCUAGCAAAACAGCUAUGGCGUCUUAUCCAAUAUCCCUCAUCACUCUUGGCUCGGGUCUUAAGAGGCAGAUAUUUUAACCGGUCCGACCCUCUGGAAGACCGGAACGUUUACUCACCAUCCUAUGGGUGGAGGAGUAUAAUGGCCGCAAAACCGUUUUUGAGGAUGGGACUGAGGAAGACAAUUGGAUCGGGCCUAAAUACGAGAGUGUGGAGCGAACCGUGGAUUCCUGACCUUAGAGCUUGA